CAAUACCAGCAGAGCAGGCCUUUUCUCUAACCGAAAGGAACAAAGAAACUUAAAAUAAUCCUUUCUUUUUUUCCUUUUCCAGACUUGGGGGUUCUAAAUACUCAAAAUCCAGAUUCUCCUAUCGACCCAGUAACCGUUCUCAAACCCUAAACGCAGAAAUCGCAGAAUCGCUCUCCCAAGUGGCAGGUAAGUUUUGAUUGAUUGUGUUGCGCCGGCCAGCCAUCAUGUUGAAUUCUGGGGAGCCGGAGCUCUUUGCUGAUCAAGAGGCCGCCAGGACGUCAGUGGAGGAAGAACUGGCUCGGGAUAUGGUGAUGAUGGCACAAUUUGAGGAGCAGAUGAGGCAAUGGGAAAGAGAGCGGCGAGAGAGGAGGUUGAGGGAUCCUCAGUGCUUCGGGCCAGAAGCAGUGGAUCGUACCGCUGCUUGGCUUCGUGCUGGUCUUGCUAGCGCCCAAGGUGCUGAUGAUGAUUGGUUUAGAUAUAGUGAGCAGCAUUGUGAAUCGUGUUUUGUUGUGAAUCGUGUUUUGUUAAUUUGCAUGCCGUCUUCCUCUGUCCUUUGUAUUUUUGUUUUCUGACCAAAAAACUUUGGUGCAGCGGCUGGGAGUUCAAGGGAGAAAGAAAUAGCUGAGCUACAGGAGAUGCUGGACAUGAUCCCCAGGUGGAGGAGUCGCGAAGAGGAAGAGGAAAGGAGGUUGAAGGAGGAGGCUCAAUUGGGGCUGGCCAGAGCGAUGGAUGUUGCUGCUGCUCCAGCCCAUGGAGAGGUUGAAGAGGAAAGGAGGUCGAGGAGGCUCGAUUGAGGACAAGAGCAGUGGAUGUCGCUGCUGCUGCUCCGGCCCAUGGAGAGGUGAAAGCGAAAAGGUCGAAGAAGGUUUGAUUGGGACUGAUUGAUGUUAUACCAUGGUCUCUGUCAGCUGUUGGACUCAACUUUGUUGCUUCUUUUCAUUUGUCACAAUGUGCCUUUGUGAUAUUAGCUUGUCUAUCUUAUUCUGCUCUUUAUUUCCUUAUGGAUUUAUUGGUGGUGUGAUGAUGGUUUCUACUGAUGUGCUCCUAUUAAAGUAAUGACGUGUUUUGGAAUUGACAAGUUGAUAUUAGACUGCAUGCUGAUACAUUUGACGAUGGAUGAUUAAUUUGAUAUUUUCAUUGAUGUUGAUGAUAUGAACUAGAGUAUGUGAUUUCUUAUAAAACAUUGGAAUGAUC